CACGUCAUUGCAUUUUUAGAGAAUUGCUCAACACACAUAUAUUGACCAUUGGACUGCGAAGAUAGGGUGCAAUUGGGCAACAAGGAUCAGGGAAGAGAACCAACAAGAUACUAGUCAUCUGAGAGCACGCAGAGUAAGGGGAAGGAAGAAGAGCUAAGGAGCAUUUGAAGUACAAAGCAUCAAUGGCUAGCAGUUCAGAUGAGAGGUAUGUUUGGCCUUGGACAGGCAUUGUUGCCAACAUAUUUGGGAAGCCAAAGCAUGAACCAGUGGAGUGUGAUAGCAUGUAUUGGCUGAGAAAGUUUGAACAAUACAAACCCGAAGAGGCUUAUGUUUUGCAUUGUGCAGAAGAUCCAACAGGGUACGUUGUGCUGGAAUUUGGUACAGAAUGGAUUGGGUUCACACAAAUGAUGAAGUUAGAUACAGAUUUUCUUGUUGAUCAUCAUGGAAAAAAGGAUUAUUAUGAGUCAAGGAAAAUGGGUUAUUCGUCAGGCUUAUUUGGUUGGUGUGCACAGGCAGAAGAUUACAACUCAGAAGGGCUUGUUGGAAAUUUUCUCCGUCAGAAAGCUGAGCUGAAAACAACCUCUAUGGUUGCACAAGAGUCAUUGAAUGAAAAAACUGAAACUCUGGAUCAUUUGUAUGGGGAAAUAGGCUCUGUAAACAAAAAGAUUAGUGAGAUGGAAUCGAAGUACAUUGAGGACUACAUGUCAUUGGAUAAAAUGAUGAAAGAGAUUGAGAAGAAGAGAGACUUGCUUCACCAGACUUGUGCUGAAGAUGAUCAUGUAAAUUGUGCUCCAGUGUUGAAGUCGAUCGUAAUGCGUGGACGUGAAAUUACUUAUAAAGCCAUGGAAAAAAAUAAAAAAUUGCAACAAGAGAUAGAUACAAUGAAUGAUGAACUCGAUCGCUGGUGUCAACAACUGAUUGAACAAGAAAAGUCAACUAUACAACAAAGGAGAAAAUUUGAGGAAGAAAAGAAAAGCCAAAUGGAAUCACUAAUUUUAGCAACAGAGAAGCUGAUAAAGGCCAGAAGUGAUGUUCUCAGUUUACUUGAAAAGCAUCAGGUGUGUUAA